AUGGGAAAUGCUUUAAUGUGUCCGUGUGCAGACAGUUUAGCUCCUCCUGUAAAUGUGUCUAUCCGGGAUCUAAAGGCCAACUCAGCUACAGUGACAUGGGACAUCCCAGGAGCAGAGCCAGUUAUUGGAUUUGCCAUCACACAGCAGAAAAAGGACGUGCACAUGCUACGCUUCAUACAGGAAGUGAACACCACCACGCGGAGCUGUGCACUGUGGGAUUUGGAGGCGGAGACGGACUACAUCGUGCACGUGCAGUCCAUCAGCGCGCACGGGACGAGUCCGCCGAGCGAAACUCUGCGUUUCCGGACGCCGAAGGAAACCGAGAUACAGGCGUCUAAAAACGAAGUCACCAUGGAGGAAGUGGGGCAAGCCAGUCAGCUCAGGGCCGGGGAGCUCAUCAUCAUCGUGGUGGUGCUAGUAAUGUGGGCAGGUGUGAUUGCCCUGUUCUGCCGUCAGUACGACAUAAUCAAAGACAACGAGCCUAACAAUAACAAAGACAAAGCCAAGAAUUCAUCAGAGUGCAGUACCCCCGAGCACCCAACGGGGGGGCUGUUACGGAGCAAGGUGUAACUCCAUCACCUCCACCUCCGCGUCCACCUCCAAGCAGAGCUCAGAGGACAACGAGCAGUUCCUCACUAACACCAACAACAACAACCACCGGACGCCAUCUGUGACUGUUAACAAGGUGUGACAGGACACAUUUCUUCAAAAACAGGACGGAAGAUUGGAGUGUAAUGACAGCACACGCGGCUCCAGCUGAGGCCGGGUAUCACGGCACCUGGCUCCAGUCUAGAGGAGAUA